GUGUGCGACGCACCCGCAAGAAGCUUUAUCAAGCAAAUAGUUGGGCACACUGGCUAUCACGCCUGCGAACGGUGCAGUCAGAGGGGCCUGCAUCUCGAGGGUCGAAUGACAUUUCCUGAUUUACACUCACCACAACGCACCAACGAGUCGUUCCGGUCUCAGGAAGACGAGCACCAUCACACGGGAACGUCGCCAUUUGAAUCUUUAGAUGUCGACAUGGUGUCAUGGUUUCCUACGGAGUACAUGCAUCUCGUCUGUCUUGGCGUUAUGCGGCGCCUUCUGAGAAACUGGGUUAGCCAAGGGUUCGGGAGACGCCUAAGUCGACAGCAGCGUGAAAAUUUGAAUGAUUUACUUCGAAGUUGCAGUAAGCGUUUCCCCAGCAACUUUCGAAGGAAGCCAAGAGGCACUGAGGAACUUGACCGGUGGAAGGCCACAGAGUUUCGAAGCUUCCUCUUGUAUGUGGGACCUGUGGUUUUGAAGCAUGUGUUGCCAAACGAUCAGUACCGUCACUUUUUAAUGCUGCAUGUGGCAGUGAGAAUUCUUGUAUCUCCUGCACAUUACGAGGUUUAUAACGGAUUUGCCAGGGACCUUCUUAGGUACUUUGUGCAGGAGUUUGGCACCUUGUAUGGGGCCAAGCAGCUCGUUUACAACGUGCACACGCUCAGCCAUCUGGCUGAGCAGUGUUUGGACCAUGGCCCUCUUGACAGUUUUAGUGCGUUUCCUUUUGAAAGUUUCCUGGGUAAGGUUAAGAAAAUGCUACGUUCAACAAGCAAGCCUUUAGCGCAGAUGAGCAGACGAAUGUCUGAAGUCAGACAUUUGUAUCAACCUGAGAUUUCGGAACCGAAACGCAUUGUCAAAGCAGGUCAGUGCUUCAUGCUGAACGAGUCUGCAGUUGUCGUCUUGAAGCUCCUUGAAGACAGGUUCAAGGCAAGCAUUCUGCCAAACAUGACAGAUUUUUUUGAACUGCCGAUCAAGUCGUCCGCCAUCGGCAUCUGGCAGUGCGAUUCCCUCACGCACGUGACUAAAAUGUACAACAUUUCCGAACUUGACACCGCUGUUCAAUACCUCAGACUGGACUACAAAAGCAAACAUGUCAUCCUUCCACUUCUACAUCUGCUGUAG